GAGAGCAUCCUCAGAAUGGCUGAGCGGCAUGCAGAGAGGGAGGCCAUUGGCUGCAGGACGCGGCCACGUGACCAGCCGGCGAGGAGGAGCUGGCAGGAUGUUCCUCAAAGCUGAGAGGAAGCACAUUCACUGAGAGCGUGAUCUCCUUCUCUGCAGCCAUGAAUUACCUGCGACGGCGUCUCUCUGACAGCACCUUCAUCUCCAACCUGCCCAAUGGCUACAUGACGGACCUCCAGAGGCCCGACACCACUCAGCCUCCGGCGCCCGCUUCCGCCGCCCUCGCCAAGUCCCCCACGGCGGGGCCUGCUCCUCCCGCGACUUCUCCGCAGCCUCCUCAGUCCACUGGAGCCGGAUUCUUCAGCUCCAUCACCAACGUGGUCAAGCAGACGGCGGCCUCGGCAGGACUGGUGGAGCAAACCUCCGUCACCACACCCAAGAAGUUCAAGACUCUGCUGGUCAUCGACGAACCUCAACAGGAUUGGGCAAAGUUAUUUCGUGGGAAGAAGAUCGCCGAAGAUUAUGACAUCAAAGUGGAGCAGGCGGAGUUCAGUGAGAUCAACAUCACGGCUCAGGCUGAUGGAGUUUGUAACGUCAGCGUGACGGGGUUCAGGAAUGGAAGCAAGAUGGUCAGGUCCUUCAAGCCGGACUUUGUGUUAAUUCGCCAACACGCCUACAGCAUGACGCAAAAUGAAGAUUUCCGUAACCUGGUCAUCGCUCUUCAGUACGCAGGAGUCCCCAGCAUCAACUCUCUGGAGUCCAUCUACAACCUGUGUGACAAGCCCUGGGCGUUCGCUCAGCUCAUCAACACUCACAGGAAGUUAGGCGCCGAGAAGUUUCCACUCAUCCAACAAACCUUCUAUCCAAACUACAAGGAGAUGUCCAACAUGCCGUCUUUCCCGGUGGUGAUCAAGAUUGGCCACGCCCACUCCGGCAUCGGAAAGGUGAAGGUGGAGAACCACAGCAAGUUCCAGGACAUAGUCAGCGUGGUGGCGCUCACUCAGACCUACACCACCAGCGAGCCGCUCAUCGAGUCCAAAUACGACAUCAGGAUCCAGAAGAUCGCUGCGGACUACAAAGCCUACAUGAGAACCUCCAUGUCUGGGAACUGGAAGAGCAACAUCGGGUCGGCCAUGUUGGAACGCGUGGCCAUGACGGACAGAUACAAACUCUGGGUCGACACCUGCUCGGACAUCUUUGGAGGUCUGGAAGUUUGUGCUGUCAAAGCCAUUCAUGGAAAAGAUGGCAACGAUUACAUCACCGAGGUGGUGGGAUCCUCCAUGCCACUAGUGGGCGAGCACCAGGCGGAGGACCGCCAGCUCAUCUGUGACCUGGUGCUCAGCAGACUCACACAGCUGGUACACCUGCACCAAGACCAAGGACACAAAGCCACCACCCUGCAGCCCUCACAGGGUGUGUCUGAGAAAGCAGAAGAAGCGAUGGAGAACCUGAAGAACGGCUGUUCUCGUCCUCCUCAAGGCUGCUUGCAGUACAUCCUGGAUUGUAACGGAGCCGCUGUCACGCCCAAAUCUCUUCAAGACAACUGAAUAGUCAACAUUGAUAUUGACUACCACUAACAAGAUAAGUGAAUAUUCAAUAUUAAUAUUUAGUAUUAUAUGAAAGAUAAUUUAAAAUUGAAAUUUAAAAUUAAGUAUUAUAUUCAAGAUAAGUGAAUAUUAAACAUUAAUAUUUAGUAUCUCAUUGAUUAUAAGGCAAUAUUAAACAUGAAUAUCAAUAUAUUAACUCCAUGCAGAGUUUAAUUGGGAUUUAUCGCUCUCUGUGCUCGUUUUGGCCGCUCGUGCUUUAAAAGUUGUGUGAUUUUUCUUUCAAGCUUCCGUGGUUCGACUGAAGGAAUUUUAUACUUUUUAUCUUUACUGUCGUCAAACUGUGUUAAAUACUCUUAACGUUUUUGCAAAUUUUUUUCAUCAAUAUUCCAUUUUGCAUGGGUGAAACUCCUCAGAGACGUUGUCGUCUUUUGUCACACGUGUGUUGCUCUCAUUCACACACACACACACACACACACAACCGCACACACACACACUGUACGAUUUCCAACCAAAGACUGAAUAAAUGAAAUCAAUACUGAUGAUUAUUAAAUAUAGAUAUAAUUAAUUACAGUUAAUGAAACCAAAAGAUAAAUUCAAAGUAUUUUCUUUCAGACAUUCCCAAUAUUUCUAACUUUGCGACGCUUGAAAAGUUCCAGAAGUUUGCAUGACGGAAAAAAAAUGUGUUGUGUGUACUUGUUGUUUGUGUUGUUUGUGUUGCCGCCGCGACACGUGUGAGAAGAAUACACAACAGCGCGGAGGGAUUUGUGACGACUCGGCGAUAUUUGCUGUUGGAAUUGUGCGAAGGUGCACAGAGUUGUCGUUGCCAAUAAAGUUCCCUUGAACACA